AUGGCGUCACCAACUCCUCUCUUCUUCCUCUUCUUCCUCAUCACAACAGCUUCAUUCCCCAAGUCAUCGCGAACCCAAUCGAUAUCAGAGACCAGUAAUGGAGAAGGCUUCAUGGCUAUGGAGCUAUCGGAGAGAGGUCUUGAAUUUCUCAAGGACUUGCUCAUAAACAAGGCGAUUGCCUCGACAAUACCUCUGAAAUUGCCACGGCUCGAGAAAUCUGCCAAGUUUCCUUUCCUGGGCAAUGUUCAGAUGACGCUCACGGGCAUCACAAUCGAUGAAAUUGACGUUUUGUCGUCUUAUGUUAAGCCUGGUGACACUGGCGUGGCGAUUAUAGCUUCUGGGAUGACUUGUAAUUUGAGCAUGAAUUGGUAUUACAAGUACAGUUCCUGGCUUCUUCCUGUGGAGAUUUCUGAUAAGGGGAACGCUUCUGUUCAGGUUGAAGGAAUGGAAGUUGGGCUUACAUUAGGGUUGAAGAACCAGAACGGAAGCCUGAAGCUUUCAGCUAUGGAGUGUGGCUGCAUUGUUAGAGGUAUCAAGAUAAAUGUGGAUGGAGGAGCAUCGUGGCUCUAUCAAGGAAUGAUCGAUGCAUUUGCAGGACGCAUCACAUCUGCAGUUGAGAGCACUAUUACCAAGAAUCUCAAAGAUGGCAUUGACAAGCUUGAUGCAUUUCUGCAGUCCCUUCCCAAAGAGAUUCCAGUAGAUGAUAUUGCUUCUCUGAAUGUGACUUUCUUGAGUGAUCCUUUGCUGACCAGCAACUCCAUUCAGUUUGACAUCAAUGGAUUGUUCAUGGCAAGGCAAAAUACAUCAUCUACAUCAAUGGAGUACUUCAGGAAUUCACAAUCAUCGGUUCUCUGCUCAGAUCCUUCUAAAAUGCUUGGAAUUGAACUGGACGAAGCUGUUUUCAAUUCUGCUUGUGCACUAUAUUACAAUGCAAAAUUCAUGCAGUGGAUUGUGGACAAAAUCCCAGAUCAAGCUCUUCUGAACACAGCUGGAUGGAGAUUCAUCGCUCCGAAACUAUACAAGAAGUACCCAAAUGACGACAUGAACUUAAACAUCUCCUUGUCCUCCCCUCCGGUGAUUAGUGUUUCGGAGCAAAAGAUCGACGCAACAGUAAAUGCAGCAUUGAUCAUCAACGUAUUGGAAGCGAAUCAAGCGAUACCAGUUGCUUGUGUUUCUUUUGAAAUUAGUGGGUCGGCUUCAGUGAGGAUCUCGGGGAACAACCUGGCGGGGAGCAUGAAACUGGACGGCUUCACAAUGAUCCAGAACUGGAGUGAUGUUGGCAAUCUUCCAUUGUUUGUCAUUCAGCCAGUGAUGUGGACAGCCAUAGAAACGGUGUUCUUGCCGUACGUGAAUGCACAUCUCGCACAGGGGAUCCCGUUGCCUAUCGUCCAUGGAUUUGCCCUGCAGAAUGCAGAGACCGUCACUACAAGCUCGAAGAUCACGGUCUGUGGAGAUGUGGCGUAUAGGGAUGAUAAACAGAGAACUGAACUCCAUAUUUAG